CAAAUAAAGAGCUUUGGUGCAGGAAUGUGUGUGUCAGAUCGGUCAGCUGAGCCCAUCGACAGGCACCCGCAGGAUGAAAGCUCUCUGUCUCCUCCUCCUCCCUGUCCUGGGGCUUCUGGUGUCUAGCAAGAAGCUGUGCUCCUUGGAUGAAGCCAUUGAUGAGAUGAUCCAGGAGGGCACCAGCUCCCUAAUAUUUAAGGCAGUAACGAGCAUUCGCCUGGAGUGCCAGAGCGUCACCUCCAGGGGGGACCUGGCUACUUGCCCCCAAAGCUUCGCCGUUACCAGCUGCACAUGUGGUUCCGCCUGUGGCUCGUGGGACGUGCGCGCCGAGACCACAUGCCACUGCCAGUGCGCGGGCAUGGACUGGACCGGAGCGCGCUGCUGUCGUCUGCGGUUCUGAGGUCGAGCGCAGCGCGUGCCCAGCGCGGUCGGAGGCGUCUCCAGGUCGGGAGGGGUGGGGGCGGAGCUGGUAAUAAACCUGGAGAUAAUGAUGAUGAUGAUGAUGAUGAUGGAG